CAGACGGCCGGCGCAACGACCACUGCUGAAGCGCGCAUCGAGCGAAUCGCUUCCUGUUCAUCCGGUGACGACAACAAAUUCGCUGACGAGGAGGUCAACAGCCCGGCUGCAUCGGCGUCCCAACAUUCCGCUUCUGGAUCCGCCCAUAAUCAUUCCGGUCGACCAAGCCUGAGCAACAACAUCGAAGUUACCGUGAAGAGUCGCGUUUCCGUGCGUCGGGUCUCCCACGAAAGAAAAAACCGGAGUCGCGGACGACACUGCACAGGAAGCAGCUCCUACACGUCUGACCGCGGAUCCGUGUCCACCUCCCGCUCCAGGACUGCGGGUCGUGUCAGCGACGUGAGUGCAGCAAGUGGGGGGCAACAGGAGGAUUACGAAGGAGACGAAAGGAGGAGCUUCCCAGAGGAUCAGGAUUACGACGACCCGAUCAUGACAAGAAAUCGCAACAAGAGGACAAACAAAGCCGGCGCUAUCGUGGCUGGUGCUUGCACAACUAGCAAAGGCAUCAACACGACCAGGGACCACCAAGAUGACCACGAGGACGAGACCAACUUGAUAUCAAAAGUCGGUCGAAGCGACGAUGAAGAUGCGUGGUCAGACGAUACAGAGAUUCUGCUCACGACGAUUGAAAAGGAGGUGCAGUUCACCAUCUGCACUGGAGGUCCUGGACCGUCUUCUCCCCCCAAACCCAGCGGCGUAUUCGUCUCGGCGCCCGCGACCGCUUCUUGUGUAUCCACCACUGGACAACAAGAACUCGGGGCAGUCGGCGACGACGACGAGAAAGCCGACACAAGCUUCUCUGAUGUCAGCGGUUCUUUGAAGCAGAGCCAAGAGAUCGCGUGCCGGCGCGACGGCAGCAACAACAGCGAGGGUAGGCGUCGACACAGUUCACCGGCUAGUCAGUUUCGCAUGAGUGAUCUACCUGAAGUUGACGGGGGACAGGUGGGAGAACAAGAAGACGCGCGAAACUUAGUACGCCAACAUUCAGCGGGAAAAUCCGGUGCAUUUUUCGGAGAUCAAGAUCCAACUUCGCCACGGGCUGCCUACAUUCUUGGAGGCCAAACAGCUGCAGCAGGAGCGGCCGCAACGGACACCCCGAAGCAUCCGCCGGAAAAGAGUUCCCGGCUUGCGGACUUCAGGAAACAAUUCCUGUCAAACGUGCAAACCACAGACAUAAGAGGACACUCAAAAUCAUCGUCCGCCGGUUCUUCGUCCGCCUCCGGUAAUUCUACACCACCUGCUUCCAACAACUGCGAUGAUCCUACGACCGCGAAAACAAGAGCAGCCAUCAUGCUUGGCGCGGCAGAUCCCACCCGCACGCGCCGGUCUGUCUCGCUAAGUCCCCGGCAGUUGCGCCACAUCAGGGAUCGGUUUUCGCAACAGUUUCCAGCGAUCGAGGAGGGUGCCGAGGGAGAAGCGGUAGCGCAGGAAAUCUUACAGCACGGAGGUAGUAGUUUUGCGUCCUCCACCGGAGGUGGAGCUGCAGGAAUUUCCGGCUCUACAGGGAGCAGUCCUAGCAUACAAGAGGUUCUUGUGCUACCGCCGGAGCAAAGCCUGCACUUGCUGCCUGGGACUUGCAACUACACUGAUAGUACCAGCAGUGAAGGAGAUGACAAGAGGAAGCACGACAACAGAGAUGGUAAUGCAAGCGCGUCCUCCACCGACAAAAUGAUAAUGAAAACAACGCACGAAGAACAGCAGGACCACAAGCUGCAAAGAAAUAGCACAGCCAGUGGGCUGGUGCAAAAAGCCGCGCGUUCAGGGGGUGCAACUGGUGAAAAAGAUCGGCCUGCGCUUGCGAUCGACACCGGGCCGCAUCCGCACGACCGGUUGUUGAGUCACGGCGGCCGCAGCACCGGAGAUUCCGGAGCGACAUCCAAGGCUGCAAACUUGACCGAGAGGGAGUCCCGCACCUCUUCGUCCUACUCCUCGGAGGGCGGUUCGUCGUCCAUGCUGUCCCUCUCCCCAAGCAGGCGGCAGCGCUCCGCGGAGACAGAGCGCUCGCGGUUUGCGUCCGGCGGGAGCACUGGUUCGCCCAGCGGCGGUCUCGAGCAGGCGCCGCUGCCCGCAGAUAUCGACCGGAUGUUCGGAGGGUCGUCUUCCCGUGGAGGUGCAGCGGGCGGGGGUGUGAUCCCUAUCGCCACCGGAAUGCCGGUGUCCUCAGCACGGCAAAGGGCUCCAUCUGCAAUUCUGCGUGGAGCGGGCGGGGGACUGCUGGCCGGAGUUGCAGCCGUUACCGGUGCUGCUCGACGCGACCACGUGCAGCAUGUGGGAGACGCGACAAGCCCCGCACCAAUCGCAAUCUCGAGCUCCAGUCCCGUUGUAGGGAGUCCACCAGGUGCAGCAGGAGCGGGGGGCAGUUCUCCUUCGCCAAGCUCAUCAAGCAGGGGGGGUACAACAGCAGCGCCGAUUUGUCAGGUGACCGGGGUCCCCGUGGUCCGCCGCAGGACCGGCUCGUCUCACAGCUCGCAGGGGCAUGGUAGGCCGCCGCGCGGGUAUGUGCGACAGGGCACUCCUGCAAUGACGGACGUCGGAGACGAAGAGGACAGCCCGACAAGCCCGAACGGGAUGGAAGUGCAGCUUUACGACUCUGGCGGAUCGCCCGGAUCUCCACCGCAGCUUGUUCCCGGUGCAGCAGUAGAGCAGCACGGAGGAGGAGGAGCGGCUGGUGCGUCAACAUCGGCACAACAAGAACUUCUCCCUGGAACGGGUUCUUCCUCUUCUGCCGCGCCGGGAUUUUUGACGAAUGACCAAAUGGUUGUAAGCAGCGGGCAGAACCACAACCAGCAUUCGACCGGCAGGACACUUUCGUCGACGUCGUCGCAGAACUUCGACCUGCUAAUGCAAAUGCACCCGCAGCACGAGCACGGGGGACCUGUUGGCCCACAUGGAGUCGGACAUCAUCAGCAUCACUCGCACCAUCCAAACCACCACUACAGUCGGUCGCCACUUGCUGGAUCGACGCCGUCCUCAACGAGGUCCUCGCCGAAUCAUUCCCGCAGACCCUCCCGCCGCUACAAAAACCGCCAGGACAUGCUGCUCGCGGCGCAGCGCAAUUUGAUGGCGGGAAGUAGUGGCUCUAGGGGCGGCAACAGGGCAGCAGCUCAUGUUGUUGCGGCCCCGCACCACCAGCGAACGGAUGCGACCGCGGUGCACCGGUCACACACAACCCCGGACCAGUUCAUGCUCUCCUCCCUACGGGGACCCGGUAGCUCUGCAGAUCAGGACAGCGAGUCGGGCGGUGGACGAGCAUCUGGAUCUGGACAUCAACAUAGGGCGGGCAACUUCUUCCCUCGCAGUCCGUCCAGCCUGUCAGAGCUUUCCGAUGAUCUGCAGUCCACGUCAGAAAUCCUGCCGCCCUGGGUUGGUCCUGGGAUCAUCUCCCAACGGGAUCGCCUUACCGCGGUUGAGUUUGCGAACCAGCGGCACAUGCUGGAGGAGAGAAUGCGCCGUAGUGGACAGUACUACAACGAGCCCCACCCGGCAGAUUUGCAGGGCGCGGCGGCGCCGUAUGUGUACCAUGGUGAACAAGGGGACGAGCUGCUACAAAGAGGGUGUGAAGAAGAACAUCUCCACGACGCUCUUCAUCGCGGGCACCAUGUUCAUCAUCACCCAAACUCGCACCUGAUUCACCCCGAGGACUUACCCGACUAUCUCGCCGGGAGAGCUGCAAGAGGUGGAGGCGGUGGACCACUUCACCUGGUCGACUCCGCGGAGAAUACCAGCGCGUGGCACGCGGCUAUUGCUUCUGCUCAUUUAGCAUCUCGGGGGCGAGGAACAGGUCCGCACGACCGGGGCGCGGGCGUGGUGGACUACAUGGACGCGACAACGCCCGUCAUGCCCUCAGAAUCAGGGAAUCGCGAUGAUAGUACCAGUACGGCACAAUAUGGUGGUCAUGAGCGAUCACAGCAGAUCUACAACAACAGUAAUACAACCGCGGCAGCCCCUCUCCCUUCGUCCUCUGUAAUGACGCGACUGGCAUCGUGGAUGCGGGCGUCGCGCUUCUUCGGUUCGAGCGCGAGCCGAAGCGCCAGCUCUCGUGCGUCCUCAGCCAGGAGAGCGAGGGUUGGGCCCUCUUCGCACGGACAGUUAACAGAUUACGAUUCGGCUGUUUUGGAUGCUAUUGGCUUUUGAGAUUGAGCAUGAUGAGGUCUUCUGCUCCUUAUAUACUGAACAACUUUAUCUUUAACUAUAACUUUUUUGCAGGUGGAUUGUUACAAAAAUGAAUUCCGGAUCGAUGUCCGAAUGCGCAUUUAUUCCUGCGGUAUCCAUUGGAAUAUUUACCGGAACGUCGAUGGAACGUCGACGUCGAUGUCAUCGACAGAUGUGCUUAUUAGUUUCUCGUUGUCGCUCCUUUCAGCGAUUUUGAAACAAGUUCUGCCAAUUAUGCCAACACGACGGCGGUCGUGCCUACAUCAUUAACAUAUUUGAACUGGACAAAAUCUCGUAAACUGUUUUUUACUAGUACAGUCCGACGUUCGAAUCUUCAAGUUAUUAUCUUUCUUGAUACAGCACUUUCCAUGCCUUGAUGCGGUGGCCCUAGUUGUAAAUGUUGCUAAAGCCGACCUGAUCCCUUCUUUGAAGGUUGCAGAUGUUGAUUUACCGACACUGUAUUUCGUGCGCGGAUUCUAGUCGCGAUGAUGACCUUUUUCCAUACCAAUGCGUUACAGCCUUUUUUGGCAGCAGCAAUAAUGCUAAAAAAGAAUGUCAAUUAUAUUUCUGAACAAGCCUAACACAUGAAAGCGUAUUUUUUCCUGUUUAUGAUUAUGAAAUGCAAUUCCUUUCGAUCUUUUUCUGUGAUUUUUUUGGCUAAGGCUGAACCAGAACCUCCUCAAGUCGUGGCAUUUCAGUUUGGAACAUUCAAGAGCAUUAGCUUUUUGAGAAAGGAGGGGCGGUGCCUCCUGAGAAUGUAAAUAAUACGAUAAUAAAAGUUUACGUCUAAAAUUAAAACAAAAGAAACACAAGCGAAGGGGGGGUGAGAGUGAGAGAAUCGCUUUCUCUGUCCUUUGCGAAUUCCGCUUCGAGACAAAGAAUACAGUACUUACUCAGAAAUUGAAACUUCGAGGCGGACAGCACCGGGGAGGGCUGUGUUUCCUCGUUGGGUCUUUCAAGUGCCGAAUUGAUUCGACGCGAAAAUGAUAUUUAUUGCCAUAAGCAACUAGAGAAAUCUCCAUCUGCUUCAUGAUGUGUCGCAAUUGUGCUUAUUUUCUGAGCCACGGUUAUUUUAUUUUGCUGACCUGUCUACAUCCGUAAAACUCAUGUCCGGCUAUGACGACGGACCUCAGUUACAUCAACUUGCUUGCAAAAAAGAGAAAUUCAACGGAGAAGUGAAACAUUUAUACAAAUGAGCAAAACGAAAAGCAUCAGCCUAGCUAAUGGCCUGACUAAGC